AAGCUCUACAUAUUUCUUGCUCAACAGACCAAUGCAAAAUUCAACAAGGUGAUUCUGAAACGGCUCUUUAUGAGCCACACCAACAGGUCUCCGCUGUCCGUUUCCCGCAUGAUCCGUAAGAUGAAGCUCCCAGGCCAGGAGAACAAAACUGCUGUCGUGGUGGGUACAGUGACCGAUGAUGUUCACAUCCAGGAAAUCCCCAAACUGAAGGCUUGUGUCCUGAGAGUGACCCAAGGAGCCUGUACCCACAUCCUGAAAGCUGCUGGCCAGAUCAUGACUUUUGACCAGUUGGCUGCCCCCAAGGGCCAAGGAACUGUUCUGCUUUCUGGACCCUGGAAGGCUCGCAAAGUUUAUAGGCAUUUUGGCAAGGCCCCUGGAACCCGACACAGCCAUACAUCAUAG